CCGCUAAAUAAAUCCGCCUCGGAUCUGACCAAAUCGUCCCUUCGUUUGCUCGCCGUCUUGUCCGGCUUCCAUUUCCUCCCGCGAGGGAACGAAAGGAGAAAAGGGGGAGACGCCGCCGCCGCUUCCGCUUCCGCGAGAAUUCUAGCAAAAGUCUUCUGGAGAAUAAUACACCUCUGCAUUGUGCUGCAUUUUGGUAUGGACGAAUCUUCCAGUAGGUCCGCUGCCCCAAUUGGGUUUCUUAGAAGAGGCUCUGGCAUUUCCUUGAGAAAUCAAAGCAAUGAGGAUAGGCCAAGCCAAUACAACAAUAGGCCAGGGAAGAGUACAAAUCUCAAUCCUGUGAAAGCCCGAUUCACUGAAAAUAAGGAGAAGCCAAGGUAUUUACAGGGUCCAUUCCAUUCAUCAGGCUCCAAGGCCUCAUCUGUGAGCUCUUCAAAAGCUCCUGUUAGAAAAUAUCACGAUGAAAGGCAAAAAAGGCCCUUUUUGGCAGAGGCAGACAUUGCUGAAAGCAGCAACGGAAGAACUGAAGUCAGACGUCUACAAUGUGGCAAGAAAGCUGUUGCUAAUGAACAUAGGCAUCCAUACACACAGAAGGGUACAUCAGGAGGUUCGUCAUCCUCAACAUUUACUGAAGGAGGCUUGCCAGAAGAACAUGAUCUUGGAGUUUUAGACUUUUCUGUUUCUUCAAGGAGUUCUGCACGUACUAUUGAUUCUGGAAAUACUGCAUUGAGUGGUAUGGAACAUAGGCAAAAGGAUAGAGAAGAAUUGAGUUCAGGUAGACCUCAAGGUGCUUCCACUUUUGUUAAUCGGCGUACUGUACCUCAAAGUUUCACCACUGGUGCCAAGUUAUCAAGUGCCCCUGGUACCACCAGUACUGCACUGCAGAGACGUGGUCUAAAAAGCCUUGGUUGCACUUCAAUAUCUGAUGUUUUGCCUUCAGGUUGUUCUUCUUCUGAUUCUGUUCACAAUAGGAGGGUUGAAGUUACUAAGAAGAGAACUUCAGAUGCAGGAAGUUCUUCAAGAUCAAGGGGAAUAAAUGAACAAUCUAAUUUAGGUCAGCCACGUGCUAGUUUGCCUAGACCUAGAGCUGCUGAACAAUCAGCAAGGACCAAUAGCACAAGUGUUCAGGAUUCCACAGAUUCAGUAAGGACUAGACGACCUUCUACUCUGCGUGCCAGGGAGAGGAUGCCGGGUGAAAGAGAGGACGGUGUAUUUGCUCUUCGUGAGACUGUUACGAGGGUUCGUCGUCCAGAAAGAGGUCAUUUUCCCACGGAUGACAUUUCCCCACAGAGACUAGCAAGACCCUUUUAUGGAGAAUUGCCUCAUGCAGUUUAUUCAUCUAAUCGUCAAGGCUCAAGUAGUCGGACAGCAAGGAGGAGGUCUCCUUCUCAUCCUGAAGAAAGGCCUCAACAAAUGUUCCACGGUCUUUUUGGGGAGAGAGAUGGCUACAGACACAUAAACAUGGAAGGAAUUGCAGAGGUGUUGCUAGCAUUGGAUAGGAUUGAACAUGAUGAUGAUUUGACUUACGAGCAAUUGCUGGUGUUGGAAACUAAUCUUCUUCUGAGUGGCCUUGGCUUGCAUGAUCAGCACCAAGAUAUGAGAUUGGAUAUCGACAAUAUGUCGUAUGAGGAACUACUAGCUUUGGAAGAGCAUAUUGGCUCAGUGAGUACUGCCCUUACUGAGGAGCAAUUUGCCAAGUGUAUCAACCAAAGUGUGUACGAAGCAAGAAAUUCAGAUAGAGAUGGGAACAACAUUGAAGUAGAUGAUGUCAAAUGUAGCAUAUGUCAGGAGGAAUACGUUGAAGGAGAAGAGAUUGGUAGGAUGCAAUGUGAACAUCAGUACCAUGUGUGCUGCAUUCACGAAUGGCUAAGGCAGAAGAACUGGUGUCCAAUAUGCAAAGCUUCAGCAAUACCAUCAGAGGUGGACAAGGGAGACGCGUGAAUCUUUUCUCAAACUCGUAAAUAGUGCGGAUUUGUUAGUAGACACUGUAGAUGCUGACGAAGUUCACUCCAAUUUGUGAAUAUGAUAGAUCCUCCCUCUCCUGUACAUUUUGUUACUGCAUCUUUCCUCUUCAUAGCACAUCCUCGAUAGUAGUAUGGUCAGAAACUAGAAAAUAAUGGGAGUUCUCCCUGUUCUUAAGAAAUGGUUCUCCUUGAUUGAAAUGUUUGGCACAAAAACAUUCCUGCUGAAAGGAGAUGUGUUCAUGAUUGUAUAAGUGGCUACUGUGAUGGCUGUAAAACUUGUGGGGAGUAGAACAAUGGCAAAGUGCAUCUCAGCCCUCAAAAUAAUCUGUAGAUACUGGUGCAGUAGCGGUGCUGAGAAAUUUUCUGGGCAACACUUCUUGUUC